ACAAAAUGAGCUUCUAGAACUUGUUCAUGCUCAUUCGUUAUCCAAAAGCGAAGCGGUUGGGAUCGUCAAUCAUUCAGUCAUCCGGUAUACAGACGGAAUGGAGAAAAUCGAGGCUGAGACGCAGUGGCUGAGAUACACGGUUCUUCCGAAGAUUCUCAGGAACGGACGUCUGGUGGAAAACUACAGCGACUCCAAGGUGGAGUCCUUCCAUGUGGGCGACAUCGACAUCGAUGUGAUCGGUCACUCGGAGGCCUUUAUGCUAACUUUUUGCUAUCGUACCACCAUCAACUUUGAAUACGACGGGGAAAAGUUCCAGCGUAAAAUGGUCGUUAAGAAAACACCUGCGAUGCCCCCAGACAUGUAUGCAUCCGUACAGUUUGGACCCCUUUUUGCCAACGAGAUCAAUUUCUACACGGAAAUACUGCCAGAGAUUCAGAAGUUGGCCGAUGGGAAGUUUGCCGCACCCAAGUACUAUUACAGUGAGUUGAAUGAGAAUUCGGCAGUGGUCAUUCUUGAGAAUUUCGCGGAGCAGGGAUGGCGGGUCACCAAGGAUCAGGUGGGUCUGAGUCUGCGGCACGCCAUGAUUGCCGUGAACUACCUGGGACGGUUCCAUGCCUUUACGUACGCCAUGAAGCACAAGAGUCCGGAGAAGUUUGCCCAGCUGGCUAGCAGUCUAAAGGAAUCACGCUAUGCCACCGAUAACAUUCAUGCGGAUUGGAAGGUCUCCUUGAGGGCGAGCAUCAAUCGGGCGGCCAAGGCGGUGGCCACCUAUCAGCCACAGAUCGACGAGCAGUUUGUGAAGAAGUUUGGCUUCCUGGUCUCGAAAUACACGCAAUACGGGAGGCAACGGGUGGCGCCCAGGGAGCCACUGGCCACUCUGUGCCACGGCGAUUAUUUGAGGAAUAAUGUGGCCUACAGGUACGAUGACAAGGAGGAGCCGCAGGAGAUCAUGAUGUUCGACUACCAGACCCUGCGUAUCUCCUCUCCCAUGGUCGAUCUCGCCGUCUUCCUGGCCGUGUCCAUUUAUGCCGAGGUGCGUGAUCCACACUUCGAGGCCAUCUUCAGUGAAUACACCUUGGCGCUUCAUAAUAGCUAUAGGGAGCGCACUAAGGAGGAGGUUCCGGAUUUCCUCAGUCGCGGUGAGCUUCUAAAGGAGUACGUGCGCUUCCUGCCGUACAGCGUGUCCAUAACCUCCUUUUUCCUCAUGACUUUGGUGGAGCCCUUGGGCAUCUCGCCGGAGGAGAUGUUUGCCUUGCAGCAGACUGAUGAGGAGAUCACCGAACGUGCCAUGGUUCAGGGUGGUGAGGUAGUGGAUAAGGAGAUUGCCCACCAGGUGAAGGAAAUGCUGGAGCUGAGCCAAGCGACAGGAGUCUCCAUUGAUGACGGCAUUGAUGUGGACAAGUUGGCAAAGGAGUAAUUAUUCGAAAUGGAUUAUUCAACCGUGGAUAUAAAAGUAAUCAGACAUUUCAGGUAGAUAACGGUAGAUAAUAAAAUAGAUAUGGUAAAAUGA